GUUUUCAGCGCCGACCAGCUCCACCCGAGACAGGUGCGCCUGCUGCCAGCGGCGACGCAGCUGCGCUUGAUCGACCUCCUCGCGACCGUUUCUUCGCCGAGGCGCCUCGUGGAGUUGGCCACGAUGAUCGUCUUCAUCCCCGAGGCUGGCCGCGAGAAGGCGGGCUGGCUGCGCAACGCCGUCGCUGCUUUCGCGAAGGGGCGCGGCCUCGCUGCUGGGAGCCUCUUCCUGGACAUCGCCAAGUCUUACGAGAACCUGCGGCACGACGCGCUCUGGCGGCGUGCGAUCGCCCACGGGUUCAAACCUCCGCCUCCUCCGAGGCCUGCCGGUGAUGCACCGGAUCCCGCGGAUCCUGAGUUUCGUGAGUCUCGCCUCGUCGACUUUCACCACGCUGCGGCCCUCGCGGGGCGUGCCUGCGCGACCGCCGCGGCCAAGCUGCCCGCGCUGGGGGCGCUGCAGACCGCGUCGUUGGGAGGGCGCCCGCUGGCGGUCGCCCGCAACGCGGCGGGCGACCUCGCGCCCCAGGCGGUCGGCACCGAGCGGCCGGCGGCGCGGCAGCUCGGCAGCGCAGACCCGGAGGUCGCCAGGCUGUUGGGCCAGGGGCACCCGCACUUCAGCGCGGCGAAGACCAGCCGCCUGGCCUCCAGCCCCGCGCUCUCGAAGCGGCUCGGCGAUCUCUGGAAGGGCCAUGGCUGGACCUUCCACCGCGCCAUGCAGGCGCGGCACCUCGGCACAGACGCCGACAUCACCAGGCGCGGCGCCCACGCGGGUCAGAGCAGGGCUGUCGGAGCCUCGACGAAGGCGCGCAGGCUGCGAUGCCUCAAGGCGGCGGGCGCGCAGGUGGACCUCAUCCUCAAGGCAGGCCCCGCGGCCGGGAUGGUCCUGGGUCGCACCACCGCGGGCAUUUCCGACGGCGAGCUGCGCUGCUGGCGGGCCACGGCGGCCCGCGGCGCGGGCAAGCUGCCCAGCGGCGCUGCGCUGGGCUUUCGCUUACUUUGCGCUGAGGCGGCGCGGCGGCGCGACCUCGACCCAAGCGCGCCGGCGAUUGGCCCCGCGGCGCAGACGCUGGCAGCUCUCCUCCAGUCGGGCGAGCUGCCGAGCCGCGCGCUGGCCAAGGGCCCGGAGACUGCGGCGGCCCGCCACGCAGCGGUGGUCAAUCCAUGGGUACACUGCGCCUCCCACGUGGAUGCCGCGGCGCUGACGAUGUCGCGGAUCGGCUGGCACUUCGAGUCUGAGAGGUCCUUCGUCACGGACCAGAGGAACAAGCUCGACCUCGCCCUCCUGGGCCCAGGGGAGCUCGGCGACGAGGCGGGCUUGGGUGCGCGGCGGGCUUCCGACCGCCACGAGCUCGCGAAGCUGGCCAAGGACGGGAGCUGCCGAGAGCCCCUUUCCUGGGAUGCGAUCGCCAGCUCCCCGGGGCCCGGCGGGGACCUGGGCGCGCGG